AUGUCUCUUUAUAGAACACAGUCUGUUAAAAGUGUUGGCUAUCGAGAUAUUGCAGCAAAAAGGAUUAUACUACGACUACGAUUGGUAGCUGAAUUUAUUGGAAUAUUUCAGUAUUUAUCUACAGCACUAUUAUCCCUUGCUAUUGGACUGAGUUUUAUCUUUUGUCAAUGCGCUGAUGUGACGUAUACAGGAUGUCUGAACUCAGUAAAUUCUUUAGGCCCAGCAGUUAUAAUGAAUCACUGA